ACAGUUGAAAUUACUGUUCGGGAUAAACGCGAUGACAACAAAGAGAAAAAAAUAUCUUUGUUUGAACAUAUAGCAAAAACAUGCCCUUCUCUUGUAGGUAAUGACGCAAAGUUCUAUCCAACUAUUUGGUUACCAAACGGACACUUUCAGACUGCUUACGCAGCAUAUGCAAAAUUUGAUCAUAUACAUCAUAUCGAAUACGAAAGAAAUUUAAUCCCAACACCGGAUGGGGGCCAAUUUUCACUUGACUGGACACCAACUUUAGCUGAAAAACCUUUUGAUGAUACACCUACAAUUGUCGUAUUGCAUGGUUUAACAGGCGGUAGCCAUGAGUCAUAUAUCCGAUGCGUUCUCGAAGUUCUCACCAAACCACCUCAUAAUUAUCGUGCAGUUGUAUUUAAUAAUCGAGGGUGUGCGAAAUCUCAAUUAUUAUCACCUCAACUUUAUUGUGCUGCAUACACUGAUGAUUUAAGAAUUGCAUUAGAAUAUAUACAAAAAUGUAUCCCAAAAGCAAAAUUAUUUGCAAUUGGUUUCAGCUUAGGUGCAAAUAUAUUAUUAAAG